UGUAAAGGGAUCAUAAAAUUAUAUCCAUUGGAUAAAUCGGCAAAAAAUUUACAUAUACAUGUUGCAAUGCGUAUUUUUAACGUGGAUCGUACACAUCCUACACUUUUCCAUCAUAGCAUUCUUGCUGUUAAUCGGAACACUCAAACGGAUUGGUGUCAGAUGAAUCAAAAAGUUCAGACGAAUGCAACAAUGCAGCAUGCUGCCAUACAAGUAAAUGAAAGGACAAAACACGUCAUAACGAAGGAUGCAGCCGUUCAACUUUCUGCAAAAAUCUCACAGCAACAAUUGACGAAAGUAAUUGCUGAAAUUAUUAGCCAACUUUUGUCUGCCAAUGAAAAAAAACAGCAAUUACAAAAAAAUUCCGGCAAUAAGCUAUCAAUUAUUGGUGAGAAUUUAUGUCAAAUUAAAUUCGGUAAUCUAACCGGGAGAAAGAUUAAUUUGCCGAAGAAACCAAUAAGGAGAAAUGUGGAAUAUUUCAAUGCAGCCCAGAAAAAAACAACAUGUCAAAGGUCGCGUAUAUUGAAAUUAGCUAAUUUAAGCAAUUAUCCAAAACGGAACGUGGAAAGACUUUGUAACAAGCCGGCAAUAGGAUUAAAUGAAUUUCGAGAUCAACGUUAUUCAAAUAUUAUUGGUAAUCCAUCGAAUAGUUAUAAUGCUAUCUGUCGAAGACAAUUAUUAUAUAAAUUAGAUCAAUUAAUUGCUCAAAAAAUGAUAACGCUACGAAAGAUUCAUAUGUUAAAAUCGGUUAAUCAAAAGGAUGCAUUGAAAAAUUCGAAACGGAAAAUAGAACGAUUUUGUCAAAUGUCUGCCAAUCGAUUACAUCGAUUAAAUAAACAACCGGUUGAUAUAAAAUUACCAUCCGCAACACAGAAAUCGAAUAACACUGAUAGAAAUAGCAGUUACACUAACAGUAGCAAAUUAGCGUCACCAACAGCAACCAAAAGUGAAUGUAUUUCCAGUUCAACUGUUCGAAAUUCGAUUGAAAAAUUAAAGAACGUCGCCGAAAGAUGCAAGAAUUCUAGCCACAUAAUCAGUGAGAGUGAUGAGGAAAGGUCACCAGAUAGUGAUAGUGAUAAUGGUGAUAAUGGCAACAACGACGUUGAUAACGGCAAUAGCGUGCAUUCAACAGCUCGUACAGUUAGCACCAUCGAAUUCUCAAGUGAAGCUUCAACCAUUACUGAACUUCAAUCUAUCAAAUGA